AUGUCUGUUUUCUCUCUAAUUUUAAUUUUCUUUUUUUUUUUCAAUAUUUUUUCGUUCAACCUUUCCUUAAUUCAUUUUCUUUCCUUUCUUUCUUUCACUUUCGUUUCUUUCUUUCUUUCUUUCUUUCUUUCUUUCAUUUUCUUUUCUUUAUUUCUUUCUUUCUUUAUUAAUUUCAUUUUUCUUCCUUUCUUUCUUUUUAUCCUUUAUCUCUUUCUUUCUGUUAUUUUCUUGUCUUUCUUUCGUUCUUUCUUUUUCAUUUUUCCUUUCUUUCUGUUUUGUUUAUUUCUUUUUUCAUUUAUCCUUUUUUCUUUCUUUCAUUUUCCUUUCUUUCAUUUUCCCUCCCUUCAUUCUUUCAUUCCUUCCUUCUUUCUUUCUUUCUUUCUUUCUUUCUUUUCCUUUUUUUAUUGUUUCUGUCUGUCUCAUUCUUUCUUUCUUUCUUUCUUUCUUUCUUUCUUCAAUAUUUCCUUUUUUGUUAUCUACUACAUUUAUUUUUAUUUCCUUCUAAUUCAUAUUCGGACUUUAUUUUUCCUUUUUCUUCAAAAUAUUUCUUUUUCUCUUUUUGUUGUGGUUGUUGUUGUUGUUGUCUUUGCUGUUGUUGUUCUUCUUCUUCUUCUUCUUCUUCUUCUUCUUCUUCUUCUUCUUUUUUUCUUCUUUUCUUUCUUCUUCUUCUUCUGCCUUCCUCUUCUUGUUUUUGUUGUUUUCCUUUCUUUUCGUCUUGUAGUCGUUGUUGUUGUUGUUCUCCUUCUUCUUCUUCUUCUUCUUCUUCUUCUUCUUCUUCUUCUUCCUUCCUUUUUCUUUCUUGUUUUUUUCCUUGGUUUUCGUUUUUUCUUCUUCUUUUCUUUUCGUCUUCUUCUUCUAGUCCUUUUUUGUUGUUGUUGUUUCUUCAUUUCUUCUUCUGCCUUCUCUUCUUCCUUUCUUCUUCUUCUUCUUCUUCUUCUUCUUCUUCUUCUUCUUCUUCUUCUACCGGCACCUUUUUUAUUCUUCUUUUCUUUCUUCCUUCGUCUUGUUUUCCUUAGCCUGAGUUAUGUUACUGUUUCUUUAUUUGCUAUACUGUUUUUUCUCUUGCUCCUCCUCUUCUUUUUCUUUAUAUCUGUUAUCUUCUUUUUCUUACAUGCUAGGUUUUGCUUUGAUUUUUCUUCGCCGUUUUUCUUCAACGUUACUUCCUUGGUUCCUUUAACUCAUUCUUUUUCUGUUAAUUCUUCUUUCCUUCACUUACUCAAUUCAUUCUUACCUUUUCUUUCUUUUUUUCUUUUUGCUACCAAAUUCCCUUUCUUUCAAUAUUUCAAAUUUUUUCCCUCUUUUUCUUCCCUCCUUUCUCUUGUUUUUCUUUUGUUACUUGAAUGUCUUUUGUUUUUGUUUUUUUUAAACUUUUUUGUUGGAUAUCCUUCUUUCUUUUUUUUUUCUUUCUUUCUUUCUUUGAUUAACUUCUUUGAUCAUGUUUUCUUUCUCUUUUUUAUUUCUUUCAUUUCGAAUUAUUUUAUUUAUUUUGAUAGCUUUCAAAUUCUUUCUUUAUUAACUUUAUCCUUGUUUUUUCCAUUUUUCAUUGUUGUUUUUUUCAUUUACUUUAUUAAUUCUUUCUUUCAUUCUUUUUUCCUUCUUUCUUUUUUUCUUUUCUUUCUUUUCUUUCUUUUCUUUCAUUCUUUCUUUCUUUGUAUUCAGUUUCUUUUUUUUCUUUCUUUCUUUCUUUCUUUCUUUCUUUCUUUCUUUAUCUUGAUCUCUUCCCUCCCUUCCUUCUAUUUUUUCAAUAUUUUUAUCUCUUUCUUUCUUUCUUUCUUUCUUUCUUUCUUUCUUUUCCUCUCAGUUGACUCUUCAUUUCUCCGCGUAUUCUUUCUUUCUUUCGGUCUUUCUUUCUUUUCCUCUCAGUUUACACUUCUUUUCUCUUCGUAUUCUUUCUUUCUUUCUUUCUUUCUUUCUUUCUUUCUUUUGAAUCCUUCCCUCUUUCCCCUCCUUCUAUUUAUCUUUCAUUUUUCUCUUUCUUUUUUCUAUUGCUUUUCUUUUCUUGCACUCUUCUUUCUUCCUGUCUCUCUUUCUUUUCUUUCUUUAUUUAUUUUUCUUUCUUUCUUUCUUUUUUUCCUUCUUUUGAAGAUAAAUCUUCUAUUUCGCCUCUUUCCCAUUCUUCCUUCUUUUCUUUUUCGGUUUUCGUCAACACUUAAUUAUCCCACCCUCUGCCUUUGUUUUCCUUACUUUGUCUUUUUUUUCUCUCUCUCUCUCUCUCUCUCUCUUAUUCUCCAUAUUUUGUUCAUCUACGUGUUACAUUUUCUUUCUUUUACUUUGACACUUUAUUUAUUUCAUAUUUUCUCUUUCUUUCUUUCUUUCUUUCUAUCUUUCUUUCUUUCUUACUAA